CCUCAUUCUUUUGGCCUGACGUCAUUGUCGCUUGUGUUUUUUAUGAAUGAAGGAAUCCAACCUCAGAGAGCAGCGGAGUAAUUCCGGGAAAAGGCGGACUGACAUUUUGUCGCCAGAGUCGCUUCGACCCAGCAGAGUGUCUGUAUCUGCGUUUAACGGUGUUUGGGGGGGAAAAGAAACCGAAGACAGUCGGAUCAUGACGACAGAAAGAAGCAGCAAAGCCUUGAAGGUCAAGCAGGAAUGUGGCGAGAACGUGCCCAUCCUGUCAGACAGCGAGCUCAUGUCCCUCUCCGUACGAGAGCUGAACCUCCACCUGCGCGGCCUGUCCCGCGAGGAGAUCCAAAAGCUGAAGCAGCGCCGCCGCACCCUGAAGAACCGGGGCUACGCCGCCAGCUGCCGGGUCAAACGAGUGUCCCAGCGCGAAGCUCUUGAGCAACAGAAGAUGGAGCUCCAGAGAGAGGUGGAGAGGCUCGGGGCCGAGAACGCCGGCAUGAGGAAGGAGCUGGAGGGGCUCGGCGCACGCCUGGCCGCACUCCAGAGGUUCGCCAGGGGCCUGGAAGCCGGAGGGGGUCACCUGCUGGCUACAGCCCCGCGCCUCAACACCGCCUCAGUCAUCACCAUCGUGAAGAGUCCACCACAGCCUCAGUCACAGAGAGAACAAGAGCCGUCCUAGAAGGAGCUGCUGGAACUAGACUGGGGGGGGAGGCACGCACAACCUGCAAUGCAAACACACACCUGCAGACAUACAUAUUAUACAAACACACACACACUGAGAACAGGAAGACUAUGUCAGUAAGAAGAUAUUAAACACUUGUUUGUGCUGCGCCUCGUUCACAUUUCCGAAUGCUGCUCACAUUACGUAAGCAGGAGUCAUUCAUUCCUGUGUGAUACAGUGAUGACGGAGUGGUGUGUAACAUCACAACAGACAACAGUUAUGCUUAGUUUUCCAAAGCAGAGACCAAGGAACAGUUUAGAAAAAUGACGUAGGACGGGUGGAGGAGUCCUCCACUUAAUGCCAUUUUUAUGACACGGCAGUUCAGUCGACUGAAAUUUGUUUAGAAUCAUGUCAAGAAAAGACGCAGCAGGUUUAGUGUGGACGAGGCGUUAGUACACAGUCAACACACACACACACACACACAUAUAUAUAUAUAUAUGCACAAAACCCUCACACUCACCACCCCACACCGGCCCGAUCCGCACGGGGGCGUAGACAUUGACAAACUGGACUCUGACUGAAGCUAGACCAACCCAGAGUUACUGUACAUCCUCACUGCUCAGCGAACCUCCGACUGUGCUACAGAAAGGCCCGGGGCUUCUCUCCGCUUCAGUGUAUGGCACAACAGCAAAACGCCAAGGUGGAGCGAAUGUGUGUGCGCGUGCUUGUGUGUAGUUUCCUACACCUUUAUAGAACGGCUGCACUCCUGGUACAGUUGUAGUUUAAACUCACUAGUUUCUUAUUGCAGCCCCAGGCACAUAAGUGUCUCUGCCACUGUGCAGAAAAGUGUCCCAAAGUAUGAGUCACUUUCGUUAGUCAUUCAUGAAGAGUUUCUCAACCUCUGUGUCACUUGAUGUGCAGGCGGGGUCAUGAGAGUGCCAUCUAAUAUUUUCAAAAGGAUCAAUUUAGAGCUUCCGGUAAUUAUUUUUGUGGGAGCAAACAUGGUCACAGUCCAGAAAAUGGGUUGAGAAACGCUGCAUUCGUGAAUUAAUUCAGUGUCUUUUUUCUUUGUUGUUGUUGUUGUUGUUGUUUGUGUGUCACCUGCCACUACUCCCUCCUCACUCAGUAGUUUUGUACUGCUUGUGUACACAUUUCUCACAUUAAUGCAGUGCCUUCAGUGUGUGUUGGAGUUAGAAGAAUGCAAACCUAAGAGGGGGGGGGAAACGGUUCAGAAACCGACUGUAAUCGCUCCUUCUUGACUGUUCACGACCGCACAUUUCUCUGUUUAGAAUUCUCCUCUUUUCUGAGCUAUAAUCCCUCAUCACUCAUUUCAUAAUCCCUCCUGUGCAGUAACUUUGCUACAGUCUGCUGUGGCUUCCUCUUUUUUUUUUGUGUGUGUUCUUUCAUAUCUGGUAGACUCCCAACAACAGAUGUUGGUCAUUUUGCUAAAAAAACGUGUAAAAGCAGAGUCGCAUCUGGUUGGAAUUACGCUCAAGCCGAUGCAAAAUCCUCUGCAUACAUUCCCGUUCCGUGUUCUUAUUUGUAAUGUUUGUAUGUGCCGUUGAGAGACGAAAAUGUUGAGUGACAUUUAUCAGAGAUAUAUUCUAUAUUUUAUUUGUAUUUAAAGGUAGAUAUUAUGAAAAGACAAGCUAACGAGUGCUGUGAUGUUCUGUAUGUUUUCAGAAGUACUUACUUAUGACUAGUCCGGGGAUAUUCUCACGUCUAAUUAUUGUUAUGUGGCAACGAUGAUUACUUUAUAAAAUGUUAAUUAUUAGCUAUGUAGAAAUAUGCUCAAAGCCAAUGGCCAUAUUGCUGUAUGAUGAUUUUUGUGUGUGUGUGUUUUUUUUUGCCAUGCUUGUCAUAGUGGAUUCUUGGAGGGAUAUUAUUUUUCUAUGAUGAUUUGUAUGUUAUUUGUGUGAAAAAUUAAGGUCACUUCUGAAUCGGCUGGGUGGGCAGAUGUACUGGGGAUGUUUUAAAGGAAGGAAAGAAGGAAGGAAAGAUGGAGAUGAGGAGGAGACAAGAAGGCUUGAGGGAGUUGUUGAAAGAUGGAGACAGGAAGUAAGGCAAAGGCGGACUGGGAAAGAAGAU